UUUUUUUUUUUUUAAUGAUGAGCCUUUCUGAGGAGUGAAGAAAUUUAGACUACUGGGGGUGGAAAUCUUUUUUUUUUAAGCAACCACGUGGAUCCAGAUCAAAGACAUCAUGGAGGCCUCACAGGACCUUGGCGAACAGAUGGUGAAGAAACCACACAGCGAUUCUCAUGUUCCAGACCCUUCUGACGCCAGGUCUAUGGAAAUGCAGGACCUAGCCAGUCCUCAUAACCGCGUGGGAGGCGGAGAGUCAACGGCUUCCAAGCUGGACAAGAACAACCUUGGCAGCCCCUCCAUCACCACUAAUGGAACAGGAGGUGAAAAUAUGACAGUUCUAAACACUGCUGAUUGGCUGCUGGGCUGCAGCAGCCCCUCCCCUGCCUCCACCUCCAAGGACUAUGUGAAAUCGGAGCCUAUGAACAACAGCGACACGGUCACUACGACGGGCGACACGGCGCUGGACACAUACGCAGGCUCAGUCAUCACCAGCAGCGGGUACAGUCCCCGAUCAGCCCACCAGUACUCUCCUCCCCUCUACCCGUCAAAGCCUUACCCUCACAUUCUCUCCACGCCAGCAGCUGCUCCCAUGCCUGCGUACGCUGGUCAACCCCAGUUCAGCGGCAUGCAGCAGUCGACGGUUUACACCGCUUACUCCCAGACAGGACAAGCCUACGGACUGUCCACCUACGAUCUUGGGGUGAUGUUGCCAGGCAUCAAAACAGAAAGUGGUCUGACCCAAAGUCAGUCUCCUCUACAGACCGGUCUGAGUUACAGCCCCGGCUUCACCACGCCUCAGCCCGGACAGACGGCCUACUCACCCUAUCAGAUGACAGCUUCCAGUUUCACUUCAUCCUCAGGCCUCUAUCCCACAAACAACUCCGUGUCCAACCCCGCCAACUACACCGCCACACAGCAGGAUUAUCCCUCGUACACGACGUUUGGCCAAAACCAGUACGCCCAGUAUUAUUCUGCCUCCACUUAUGGGACAUACAUGACCUCCAACAGCGUGGACGGUACCGGUUCCACAGCGGCCUACCAGCUGCAAGAUUCCACCCCUGCCAUGACCGGACAGGCUGCAGAACUCCUCCCAGGGGACUUUGAAACAGUGCAGAGCCCGUCCACACCCAUCAAAGAGCUGGAUGACCGAGCCUGCAGGAGUGGGGGGUCCAAGUCCCGGGGCAGGGGCCGCAAGAACAACCCCUCCCCUCCUCCUGACAGCGACUUAGAGAGGGUGUUUGUGUGGGAUCUGGACGAGACGAUCAUAGUCUUCCAUUCACUGCUCACAGGCUCCUACGCACAGAAAUACGGCAAGGACCCUCCCAUGGCAGUAACGUUGGGUUUGAGGAUGGAAGAGAUGAUCUUCAACCUGGCUGACACGCACUUAUUCUUCAAUGACUUGGAGGAGUGCGAUCAGGUACAUAUUGAUGAUGUAUCAUCAGACGACAACGGCCAGGACCUGAGUACUUACAGUUUUGCAACUGAUGGCUUCCAUGCAGCUGCAACCAGCGCCAACCUGUGCCUGGCUACGGGUGUCCGCGGAGGGGUCGACUGGAUGAGGAAACUGGCCUUCCGCUACAGACGAGUGAAAGAGUUGUAUAGCACGUACAAAAACAAUGUGGGGGGUUUGCUGGGUCCCGAGAGAGACGCGUGGCUGCAGCUCAGAGCCGGUGAAGCUCUGACCGACUCCUGGCUCACGCACGCCCUCAAGUCUUUGUCCAUCAUCAGCUCCAGAAAUAACUGUGUAAACGUGCUGGUGACCACGACGCAACUCAUACCAGCGCUGGCUAAAGUUCUCUUGUAUAGUCUGAUCUGUUUUCCCGAUCGAGAAUAUUACAGUGGCAACGAAAUAGGAAAAGAGAGUUGCUUUGAACGCAUAAUGCAAAGGUUUGGCAGGAAAGUAGUGUAUGUAGUAAUUGGGGACGGUGUGGAAGAGGAACAGGCAGCCAAAAAGCACAACAUGCCGUUCUGGAGGAUAUCCAGUCACUCGGACCUGCUGGCGUUACACCAAGCACUGGAGUUUGAAUACCUGUAACUGUUUGACAGACAUGGACAUGUUAAAAAAUGUUCACAUGGACAUCCAGGCAGCCCUGUUUUUUUUUUGUUUUUUUUUGUACAACUAUUUAAGAAAAACCAAUACACUGCAAUCGUUCUUUGUGAUUUCCCUUUUUUUGUGGUCUUUUUGGGGAAUGUCUGGAUUUACAAACUUUAAAUGGUCUUAAGUAGUAACGGAGGAACAGUGGACAGUUGGGUUUAGGAAGAGACUACUACCCAACCUGCUACCCUCUUCAAACCCCCUGGACUCCGGACUUCUGUGAAAACCCGGCCUGUCCACUCACCUGUAUCAAAGUGGCCCCAAGGCCACAACCCCGACAGGUUCUUGGAUUUUGUCUGGGAAAUACUCUGUAUAAUUCAUCUACGACACACAAUCUUCAAACCCUGUGGGGGCUUCUCUGUAGAGGUAUCAAUUUUGGGGGGGUCAACAGCUGCUUAUUUUUAAGUUUUCUUCAUGGUGGUAUAUUAAUCACAACAGCGUCUGUAGCAAAAACUUGUGUAAAUUAUUUACAAUAAACCUACAGGGCAUAGUGGA